AUGGGCAUCUUCCGCGUGGCCAGAAAAACAGUCUUCACCGGCUUGUUGGGCACUUCCACAGCCGCCGCGUACCUCGCCUCUCAAAACCCCGUCAUCUCCCCGCUCCCCGCCAACGACCCCAUCUGGUCGUCUCGACUCUUUAGGAGGGCUAAUCCGAACGGUAAUCCUGCUACCCAAGAUGUCGUCAUCAAGCGCAUUCCCUUUGACAAGAUUCGUCCGGAAUUGCUGCAGAAUAAUAAUGACUUGACGCUUGAGUUCUGUCGUGGAGUUUGGAGCGGUUGGGGCUUCGCUAUCCAGCGUCGAUAUCUAGAUUUCAAGUGGCGAGGUCCUGAGACUGAACAGCAGCUGUGGGAUAAUGAGCAGCUCUCUACUAGCAACUAUGACAAAGGCACCGCCAUCACCGAUCAUUUUGAGGUCGUUGAGAAGACUCCUACGUCCAUCACCGUGCGCUGCGGCGACUCGCCGCGCAACCAGCCCCUGCGCCCGUCUGAUGGUCUCUUCCAGAUCAGCGCUACCAUCGACAAGACGCACGAGGAGGUUGAGUUGAGGCUCAAGAGUGUCUUGUUCUCCAGCGAGGGCAAGAUUGCUGGGAACAAGGGUCCCAUGCCUGGAUGGAUGACGGAGCUGCAUCAGUGGUACGCCCGAAUUUGGGCUGAGACUGGGUCUUGGAGACUUCUUAAGUGA